AAGAUGAAACGGAGCAACAUCACCCAGGCAAUAGUCUUCCUUUCUCUUGCUGGACCUGGAAUUGUAGGAAAUAUCAUAGUAUUCCUAAGAUAUUUGUACACGUCUGCCUUGGGAACUGAGAAAAAGCCUAUAAACCUUAUUCUCACCCACUUGGCAUUUUCUAAUAUGAUCAUUAUUUGCACCACAGGGGUCACAGAUAUAGCUACACUGUUUUAUUUCAGAAACUUCCUCGACGAUAUUGGCUGUAAAGCUAUGGUUUAUCUGGCAAGGAUGGCACGAGGCCUCUCCAUCUGCACCACCUGUCUCCUCAGCGUGGUCCAGGCUGUCACCAUCAGUCCCGGGACCACCAUUUGGACAAAACUAAAACCACAGACCUCUUGGCAAGUUCUUCCCUUUCUCCUCCUCUUUUGGAUUGUUAAUGUUCUCAUAAGCUCCAACUUGCUCUACUACAUCAAAGCAGGUGGUGGCUUGAACAUAUCUACAUCUGGAACAUUCACUGGCCAUUGCUAUAUGCUGCCCUCCAGAAAUAUAAUCAAGUGGCUAUUCCUCUCUCUCAUGACUCUUCGUGAUGUCAUCUUUCAGAGUCUAAUGGGCUGGAGCAGUGGGUCGAUGGCUCUCCAUCUUUAUAAACAUCACAAGCGAGUCCUCUACCUUCACAGCUCCAGGCUUGAAAGCAAUUCCCCUCCAGAAAUCAGAGCUACAUGGAGUGUUCUCAUUCUGAUGAGCUGCUUCCUUUUCUUCUAUUGGGUAGAUUUCAUUCUCUCUUUAUACACAGGUUUCACAGUGACACAUGAUUCUAUUUUACUAAAUAUUAAAACAUUUUUAGAACUUGGUUACGCUAGUUUCAGCCCCUAUGUUCUGAUCAGCCGAGAUGUCCACAUUCCUAAUGUUUUGCAUGCUCACUGA